CUCCCGCUUCACCUGCUCAGCCCGAGUAGCUCGUGAGGAAACGGCUGGCGGUCUGUUGGUGGCGGUUGCUGCGGGUUGGCGCGCCGGGAGCGUAUUGGAGGCAGAAGUUGUGCAAUAUAUUAAUCCCAACAUUUGUAGCAUCUUAAGGGGAAAAAAAGAACAGUAAGAUAAUUAGAAAGCUCAUGUCAUCAGGAAUGCUACCAGAAAACCUUGUGGCAACCAAGGUUACUGAUGUAAAAGGAGAUGGGAAGUGCCACCUUGAUCAGAUGGGAAAUGAAUUACUGGAAAAGAUGGAGAAUAUUGAAGCUAUGUCAAAGAGGCAAAGAAAGAAGCUAAUGAAGCAGAAACAGUGGGAAGAACAAAGAAACUUGCGCAAACAGAAACGUAAAGAAAAACGCCUGAAGAGAAAACAAGAGCGCCAGUCUCAGUUGGAAUCUAGCAACGACGGAAGUUUCAGGAAACGUUUGCAUAGGGAUGUUGUUCCUAGUACCCUUCGCCUUAUUAUAGAUUGCAGUUUUGACAAUUUAAUGGAGCUAAAGGAUGUCAAGAAACUUCACAAGCAAAUUCAGAGAUGUUAUGCAGAAAAUCGCAAAGCACUCCAUCCUGUACAGUUUUACUUGACUAGCCAUGGAGGCCAGCUAAAGGACAACAUGAAUGAAACUGACAAAGGAUGGGUAAACUGGAAGGAUAUCCACAUUAAAUCAGAACAUUAUAGUGAACUGAUGAAGAAAGAAGACCUUGUGUACCUUACAUCGGAUUCUCCUGAAGUCCUAAAUGAACUAGAUGAGUCCAAAGCCUAUGUCAUUGGAGGCCUUGUGGAUCACAAUCAUCACAAGGGCAUUACAUACAAAAGAGCACAAGAAGAAGGCAUAAGUCAUGCACAACUUCCACUAGGGAUCUUUGUGAAAAUGAACAGUCGGAAAGUUCUGGCAGUCAAUCAUGUGUUUGAAAUCAUCCUUGCUUUCUUGGAAAAGAGAGACUGGGAGGAAGCAUUUUUCACCGUUUUGCCACAACGGAAAGGAGCCAUACCACUAAAUGAGACAACCGAAGCCUCCAUGUGCAAGCGGCAGAAGUCAGAAAUGGUACAAGGUGAAAUCUCAGAUAGCGAAUAAGCAUCUGGAUGUUAAUUUAAUAAGAAUAUUUAAUACCCAAAGAUGGCAAUGGAUGGAAGGUGAACGAAUACACAGGAAUGGUUUGCUGUCCUUGCGGUGUGCAGUUGUUUAUGCAGUGCUGCAUAGCUUAUCAAGCACUAAUUUUAUUUGCCAUAUCUGGACUUGUACUACUUCGAAAAUACUUGAUUUUUGGUAGCUUUUUAGCCUGCUAAAGGGCGUUUAAAGAAAACUUUGUUUCCCAAGGAAGCUGAUAUAUAUUUUUCUUUUUACUAUUUUUAUUUAAUAUCUGCCAGAAGGGGGAGCUUUUAAGUUUGAGUAGCACCUCUGCUUUUUCUUGACAAUUCCAAGAUUGUUUUCACAAGCACUACUGCCAAAUCACUUGUUCCGCAUUAAUAUCUAUGUUUCUGAUUUCCCCAUCCUUGAAUACAGAGUUUUGUAUUAAAUACAUAACUUUGCUAGUUUCAACCCAGUUUUCCAUUCAAAUUUAAUUCCUGUUUUCUGAAGCAUUCAUUUAGCAAUCACUCUUCAUUUUCUAUUAUGAUAUUUAGGCUAUAAGGCUUUCAUUAAUGCAUUUUAUGUUACUAAUUUUGUCCCAUUUAAAAAAAGCAGAUCAUGAUUUGUACAAUCCUGUUUGUGUCUGUAGUCUUCAUGUUAUAAAUAGCAUAUGCACAUAUGCACUGAAAUACUUUUCCCCUUUGUAUUUCUGUAAGGAGAAGCUGAUGUAACAGAGCUGCUAAGGGUGAACUUCCAGGGCCAGCUGAAUCAUUUCAGUUAUCUAGCUACACAUUUUAAGAAUAAAGUGGCAGGUUAAAUUGGGCUUAGAGUAAAUGAGUGGCUUCCAGUAGCCUUCCCCAACAUGGUGCCCUCCAGAGGAUUGAAUACAACUCCCAUCAGCCCCAGCCAGCAUGGCCAAUUCCCCUUUCAAGCUUCAUGACUAAGUAGGGAUUUGAUCCCAAAUCUAACACUGUUUUCAAUACCACACUUGUUCUUCUCAUAAGAAGCAUUGCACUAAAUGUUUGUGGGGGUGUUACUAUGUGCUGCACACCUCAUGUAAUUUGCAUAUCUUUUCAGUAAGAGGAUACCACCAGCAACCCACAUAACUUUUCCUGCCUUGCUAAUGACAUCUGCAUCAUGUUCACAACAAACUGCUCUGGUUGUUUGGCACUGGUAACCACUAAAUCUUGGUCUGAUCUGUUUUAAAAACUAAUAUUAAAGUUCUCAUGGAAGUCUUUUUUAUUUGCUGUCUCUAAUGCAUUAACUACCUUUUAAGAAAAUAGUUGACUAUGUGCAGUUCCCGUAACAUACUGAAUGUUUAUUGUACGUUGUACAGGUUUUUCAUUUUAAUGACUUGGAAUAAAAUCUCCAAUGGCAUGUUUAAUAACUCCCUACAGCAAGUUAUAUAAAUAUGUGCCCAGGAAUAUUAGGUUGCAGUCUGCACACUUUUAUGAAGUGUUAGACAUGGAUGUAUGGCUAUUUAAAUUAUUAUGACUUUAGAUUUGUAUAUCUGAGUCUUUUCCAUAGCCCCAGACAGACAGGAUCCUGAAGACUGCAGACUCAGCUGUUAGUGUCUGGGGGAAAGAGUUUGAAGAUGGACUGUAUCACUAUUAUAGUACAAUGAAAUGUGACCACCCCACCAGAAUAGUCUUGGCUAUCAUUUCUGUGCUCUGACUUGUUUUGGUUCUUCUUUUGGUGGGAAACUCAAGUCAGCAAAAGAGCAGGUGCACAUGGGUAUUGGGUGAAAGGGGAUUUGGAGGGCAUAGGCAUUAUUUUUCCUCCUGCAACUUUAUGCUAGGGUAAAUAAACAGAUGGCUGUGCAUCAGUAUCCAAAGGGUGUUCCAUAUGUGUCCUGUGGCUUUUCCAGCCCUCAUCUCACUGUAGCCCCUUGAUUUCCCCCAAGCUGCUUCUGAAGACCGGGGAAUCAUUCACAGAAGUGGCACAAGGAGCUGUGUCCAGAAAGAGAAAUUGGAUUGCCUUCCCCAUCCAUGCACCUGCAUUUGUGCAUAGUGCUCUGGAUUACAAUAUAGAUUUCAUGGCAAGUACAUUGGAAGAUAUUAUUUAUAUACCACUUAAUGCUAACAGCAAUAUUAAAACUUUCUUGGGUUGAGAAAUUAAGGGGAAGUGUGUAAGCAGGUGUGUCUUUUAUGAAAGUAACAAGACCUUAAAAACUGGCUUAGUAACUACUAGGUCCCUCAGCAUUGGUGUGACAUGUGUCUAGUAGGUGGCACAACUCGAAACCUAGGUUGUGGGUAUGAAAAAGUGCCUUUUAGCACUCAGCAUCUGAAUUGCCAGAAUGUUGACAAUGGAGUCCAUCAGCACUGUUCUGAGUUAUGGCGGCCAUCACUGCCUUCUGAGGCAGUGAGUUCCAUAGUUUGACUACAUGCUGCAUGUGAAAUCUGUUAGAGCGCAUUAUUAUUAUUUAUUAUUUAUACCCCGCCCAUCUGACUGGGUUUCCCCGGCCACUCUGGGUGGCUUCCAACAAAUAUAAAAAUACAUUAAAAUAUCACAGAUUAAAAACUUCCCUAAACAGGGCUGCCUUUAGGUGUUUUCUAAAUGUCAGGUGGUUGUUCAUCUCCCUGACCUCCAAUGAAGGGCGUUCCACAGGGCGGGCACCACUACCGAGACGGCUCUCUGCCUGGUUCACUGUAGCUUUGCUUCUCGCAGUGAGGGAACUGCCAGAAGGCCCUCGGCACUGGAUCUCAGU